UCGAAAUUAGAAAGUGGCGGAAAGCUCGUGGUUAAGACAGUUACGAUAAAACUCACCGUUUACUCAUUACUUCAUUUGCAUCGCAAUGAGUCGCUUUGGUGCACUUGCCGAUGGUUCUCUGUCCAUCAUGGGCAGGAGCUCCAGCUGCCUGGAAGCAUCGGUACAAUCCUUUGGAGGCAGGAACAGAGAGCGAAAGCGAGUUGCAUUCAGUGGGAAUGGAAAUGGACGGGGGGCACCUGAAGAUUUUUUGCGAUUGGGGGUGCAGCCUAAUCCCAGUGCUAGUCAUGAUGAUGGCAGAGAUAAAUAUGAAAUUGGUGCUUAUGGUUACGGCAAGAAUAACGUAAAACUCCUGUACGUGAAGCGCGAAGACAAAUAUCACCACGAAAUUCGGGAGUACGAAGUGGACAUUCACCUCCGUCUAGGUUCCCAGAAGGACUACCUAGAGGGUGACAAUCGUGACAUAAUUGCCACUGACAGCCAGAAGAACACAGUCUACCUUCUCGCUAAGAAAUACGGCGUCAAAUCACCGGAAGAAUUCGGUAUUCUUCUCUGCGCACACUUUCUCUACACCUACAAACACGUAGAGGAAGUCCACGUCAACGUCGAGGAGUAUCCGUGGAUGCGUCACCAGGUAGACGGUCUGCCGCACAAUCAUGCUUUCAUCUUCAAUCCAACAACGAGGAGAUACUGUCAAGUGACGCAACUCAGAAACGACUCACCAAGAAUUCGAGGUGGUUUGAAAGACCUGCGCGUGCUGAAGACAACACAGAGCUCAUUCACGGAUUUCAUUCAGGAUGAAUACCGAACAUUACCCGAUGCAAAUGACCGUAUUUUCAGUACCGUCGUAACCGCCUCCUGGGACUUCUCCACAGCGACAGGUGUGAAUUUCGACAAGGUCUGGGAAACAGUUCGCGCCUGCAUCCUCCAGAAUUUCGCGGGUCCCGCGAGCACUGGUAUUUACUCCCCAAGCGUUCAAAACACCCUCUACCUCGCUGAGAAGUGUGUCUUGGACAAGGUUAAUCAGAUCUACAGUAUCGAGAUGCGAAUGCCUAAUAAACACUAUUUCGACCUCGACUUGAGUAAAUUCCCGAAAUUGGUGGAAGGAGAAAAUAAAGAAGUUUAUUUGCCAGUUGACAAACCGUCGGGGAUUAUCUAUGCGCAAUUGAAUAGGAAGGACAUCUCUUCUAAACUCUAACACAAACUCAAUUUUUUUAAAUACUAGAAUAUUUAUUAAACAGGAAUGCCAAAAGGAAAAUGUUAAUGAUUAAGAUAAUGAGUAAUGAUCAUUCUUUAUACAGUAUUUUUAUGUGCUCGA